ACAACUUAAGGCCAAACCCACAAUCUCCCAAAACUUCCAUGUCUUUUCCUCUCUUCAUUAUCCUUAUCAACAUAGAACAACUUCAUAUUUUUCUAUCACAAAAUUAAAGGCCCAUGGAUAGGCAUCAUCAAGUGUCUAGUGAAGGCCGCCGGCGACCGGAUUCCGGCAGCGUACAACCGGCAAAGCAGCCGGUACAACUCAAUGUAGCUGCGGCAACCUCUUCGUCGUCCCCUUCCCAUGAAUUCUCCUUCGCCGUCUCGACGGCGCCGAAAAUCGAAGAAAAAAAUUCUAAGUCCCCCCACCCUUUGGCCAUAGACUUAUCUCCAGCUGAUGAAAUUUUUUGCCAUGGCCACCUACUCCCCCUCCACCCCCGCCCCCACCCCCACCCCCAUGCCACAUCAUCGCCGCCGCGAUCCUCGACGAAUUCAUCGGAUAGCUUCACUAUCCCGAUCAACGAGCUACCAAAACACAACAGCGACAAGGUUGUCAUAAACUCGAUGACGAGAAACGACGACGACGACGAAAUUAACGAUCGGCGCAUCGAUUGUCAAAUCAAUCUCGAACAGGAAUCGACAAGGCGAAAGGCGAAAUCUUUCUCGUUGUUCGGAUUGCCCAAGUGGCGGAAAUCGACGGAAGAAACGUCGGCGAAAAGGGAUCGUCGCGAUCGAGACGACGAGCGGGAGCGGCGGAAAGCGAGGCUCGACGUAAGCAGGGUUGUCAAGAAGUAUAUGAGAUUGGUCACGCCGUUUUUGCGGCUCCGGAAUCGGCGGCGCGGGAACUCGCAACUCCGCCGGCAGCCGCCGUACUCAUUUUCCGGCACGUUGGAAGUGGUAAAGAAUAAGGAGUGGAGGAAGAGGAGAGGCGAGUACUCGGCGCCGGCGUCGAUGAGAACUUCUCCGACCAAUAGCGGCCUUCUCGUUGCGGCGGCGACGGCGAGCGGGACUGUAACUCCGACGAAGAGUGACAGCACCAUGGAAGAACUUCAGGCGGCAAUUCAGGCAGCCAUUGCUCACUGUAAGAAAUCCAUUGCUGCAGAAGAUAAAGAUUUCAAUAUGGCCUAACUUAACUCAUGUUGUAUGUAUUAUGUAUGUAUGUUUGUGUGUAUAGCUUUUCUUCCAUACUUAAAGAUUAUUUUUAUGCAAUUUGGAAAGUUCA